AUGGCACCCGAUUCGACGUCUAAUAGCUUAGGGGGCACAGUCGCUCUGGUUGUCUCUGAAAAACAUGGACCGUUCGAAGUGAAAGAAGUACAACUGAAUGAUAUGCGAUCCGAUGAGAUUGUGGUCCGUAUGAUAGCGACGGGUGUCUGCCAUACGGACGUGGCUACUUCCAUAGGGAAUAGAGGCCCUAAAUUACCAGCUAUUCUCGGCCAUGAAGGUUCCGGGGUGGUUGAAAAAGUCGGCUCUGAGGUGAAACAUGUGGUUGUUGGCGAUCAUGUGCUUUUGUCGUUCAACUAUUGUGGGAAUUGUACCCCUUGCCGUCGAGGAAACCCGGCAUACUGUCGACACGGCUAUCAUUUAUCUUUUGGCGGAUGUCGUCUGGAUGGGAGCAAGCCGUUCUCUCUCGACGGAGUCGAUAUCAACUCCACCUAUUUUGGCCAGUCUUCUUUCGCCGCUCGCUCCAUUGUGAGCGGAGUCUGCGCGGUCAAGGUCUCGCCGACCGUCCCACUAGACAUUCUUUGCUGUCUAGGUUGCGGAGUUCAAACGGGGGCCGGCACUGUCUUGAAUGUUCUCAAGCCCGGCAUAGGAGCAUCGGUUGCGGUAUUCGGAGUCGGCUCGGUUGGUCUUGCAGCUAUCAUGGCAGCAGCCAGAUUCACACCGGCCACAAAAGUGAUUGCGAUCGAUAUUGUGGACUCCCGUCUGCAGCUGGCGACAGAGCUUGGUGCUACACACACGAUCAAUUCGGCGGGGAAAGACGUCGUCGCAAUGAUCAAAGACAUCACCGACGGUGAGGGUGUCGAUUGUGCUCUCGACGCGACAGGCAACGUUGCUGUCAUCGAGUCUAUGAUUGCAGCAGCGGCCAAGAACGGAACAGUGGCAACAGUUGGAGGAGCUCCCCCAGGGAAGUUUGUUAAUAUUGAAGCGGCGGCGUGGAUAGGCAGAAACGUCAGCUAUGUUGGCUCAUGUCAAGGUUCUUCAUUUCCGCAGACGGUAUGA